CGGGAUGCGGGGCCGAGCUGGAGGCGGGAGAAGGCGCGCUCGCCGGUCCACCUUGUCCCCCGCACAGCUUCCCAGGGCCACUCACGGUGUCACCUCCGCCGGGGCCACUCAGUAGCGCGGGCGUGAUUCUGCAUUUUCGUGACAGGCAAGGUGUGGCGCUGCCCUCUGCAGCCCACUCGGGGCCAGGUGAUGCUCCGCCUCAGGGGUUGGGGGAUGCGCGGGCCAGAGGAGGCGGCGGGCUCGGGGACGUCUGAUGUUCUAAUAAAGCGAUGCUCCUCUACUUACGAGCCACCGCGUCGAAAUCACCACAUCCAAAGGUCUCUUGCUUCAAGAUGCCGGGCCUCGGGCGUGAGAGGAAAGCGAGACGCGGGAGAGGGCGACAAGAAAGGAAGCCAGGAGACCCGAGGCCCGGGAAGUGAGGGGAGGGGGACCAGGGGACCGAUUCGCUGUGCAAAUCCUGGAGAGCACCCGGGGGGCAGGCAGGAGCCUUCCCUCCCCAUCUUUCUCACUCCCCCACCCUACCGCCCACUCAGGAUGCGGUUGGGCCGCCGGGCCCUCUGUGUGCUGGUCGUGCUGCUCGCCUGUGCCUCGCUGGGGCUCCUGUACGCGAGCACCCGGGAAGCGCCGGGCCUCCGGGCACCUCUUGCCCCGUGGACGCCCCUGCAGGGCCUCCCCAGGCCAGAACUGCCAGGUCUUGUCCCCGAGCCCCGCUAUGCACACAUCCCAGUCAGGAUCAAGGAGCAAGUGGUUGGGCUGCUGUCUGCAAACAACUGCAGCUGUGAGUCCAGCGGAGGAAGCCUUCACCUCCCCUUCCAGAGGCAGGUCCAAGCCAUUGACCUCACCAAGGCCUUUGACCCUGAGGAGCUGAGGGCUGCCUCUGCCUCAAGGGAGCAGGAAUUUCAGGCCUUCCUUUCAAGGAGCCAGUCUGCUGCCGACCAGCUGCUCAUAGCCCCUGCUAACUCCCCACUACAGUACCCACUGCAGGGUGUGGAGGUCCAGCCCCUCAGGAGCAUCCUGGUGCCAGGCCUGAGCCUGCAGGCCGCUUCAGUUCAAGAGGUAUACCAGGUGAACCUGACUGCCUCCUUGGGCACCUGGGACGUGGCAGGGGAAGUGACUGGAGUGACUCUCACUGGAGAGGGGCAGCCAGAUCUCACCCUUGCCAGCCCAGGGCUGGACCAACUCAAUCGGCAGCUGCAACUGGUCACUUAUAGCAGCCGAAGCUACCAGGCAAACACAGCAGACACAGUCCGGUUCUCCACCGAGGGGUAUGAAGCUGCCUUCACCAUCCGCAUAAGACACCCCCCCAACCCUCGGCUGUACCCACCUGGGUCUCUACCCCAGGGAGCCCAGUACAACAUCAGCGCUCUGGUCACCAUUGCCACUAAGACCUUCCUUCGUUACAAUCGGCUACGAGCACUCAUCGCCAGCAUCCGCCGCUUCUAUCCGACAGUCACAGUGGUCAUCGCCGACGACAGCGACAAGCCAGAGAGCAUUAGCGGCCCCCACAUUGAGCACUAUCUUAUGCCUUUUGGCAAGGGCUGGUUCGCAGGCCGGAACCUGGCUGUAUCUCAAGUAACCACCAAGUACGUGCUGUGGGUGGACGACGACUUCAUCUUCACGGCGCGGACGCGGCUGGAGAGGCUUGUGGACGUGCUGGAGCGGACACCGUUGGACCUGGUGGGCGGCGCAGUGCGCGAGAUCUCCGGCUUCGCCACCACCUACCGGCAGCUGCUGAGCGUGGAGCCGGGCGCUCCAGGCCGCGGGAACUGCCUCCGGCAGAGGCGCGGCUUCCACCACGAGCUCGUCGGCUUCCCAGGCUGCGUGGUCACAGACGGCGUGGUCAACUUUUUCCUGGCGCGGACCGACAAGGUGCGCGAGGUCGGCUUCGACCCGCGCUUCAGCCGCGUGGCUCACCUAGAAUUCUUCCUGGAUGGACUUGGUUCUCUUCAGGUGGGCUCCUGCUCAGACGUCGUUGUGGAUCAUGCAUCCAAGUUGAAGUUGCCUUGGACAUCAAGGGAUGCUGGGGCAGAGACUUAUGCCCAGUACCGUUACCCGGGAUCACUAGAUGAAAGUCAGGUGGCCAAACACCGCCUGCUCUUCUUCAAACAUCGGCUCCAGUGCAUGACCUCAGAGUGAUGGCCACCCUUGGCCUUCCAGCUGUCAGGCUGGGCCUGCCUCCUUGUCCCUGCCAGGAUUUCUAGCAAACCCCACCGGCCAGUGACCACUCCACUGACUGUCCCCAGUCUCCUUCAGAACUUGAUCCCAAAUAGGGGCUUGUCCUGGUGACACUCCGCCUUUCUGUGAGUGCCCAGGGGCAUGAUGGAGCCAUAACUCAUCCCACAGCCAGUGCCAAGUCCUCCUCCCACCCCCUUCUCGUGGGGCAGGAAUUGGGGCGUUGCUUUCCAAGUGCCAAAGAGCCCACUGGGACUCUAAGAACCUAAAGUGAAAACACUCUCCUGUCAUCUCCUUGGGACUACGGGGAUGGGGAAGCCCCCAGCAUCUAUUCCCAGGCCUGGGCCCCCCCAUCUCUGGAUCCAGGAAUCUGCAGCGGCUGCAGCCCCACCCCAUAGAGAAAACUGGUACUCUGGAGCUGCUGUAGGGGCUGGUGAACACACAGGUGAAAGCCA